GAAAACUUAUCAUCCCAACUCUGGAAUUAAGAAGAGAACGGAAAGAAUAUUAUUUAAACUCCUAAUUAGCAUUUUCGCUUUAGCAAUUCCCUCCUCCGAACGAUAUAAAUCCAAGCAAGGAGUGGUCCCGGUGUUUUCCCUAUCCAUACGCCCGCGUGGUCCCUCUCCGGCCAACCCUACAGGCGGUACGGGUGAACCAGAAGGCACGACCCACCUGUCCCCCCGCUCUGUUACAAAUCAUUUUCAAGUUUCACAGUUGCAUCACUAACAAUAUACACCUCACGGCAAUCAUAGCCACAACUGCCUCUUUCCUUUUAUCUAUAUAACAACUACUCCUCUCCUCCACCUGUGCCCAUUCCCAGAUCCCCAUUUUCCUUCCUGCUUCCUGUGAUCAUAUACCCAUAUCAAGUAUUUGAGGAAACGGAGAAUAGCGACCGGAAGUGUUUUGGUGUUAAGGGUGAAGUUUGGUUUCGUAAGAGAGGUGUUCUUGGGGGUAAAACCCAGGGUAGACAAGUUGUAGACAUCACGGCUAUACACGGAGUACGUCGGCCUCUGAUACAUGUCCGGGCUGUACGACGCAAGGGUUGUGUGAUAGAGAGCAACCCUUCGCCGCACGGUGGACGUGGUGCUUUGCCUUCCGAAGGCGGUAGCCCUUCCGAUCUCCUCUUCCUUGCUGGUGGUGGUUCCCUCCUUUCCUUUGUCUAUUAGGUUUAGGUUAUAUUUAUAUAGAUUAAGUUGUAAGCUGUAAGAGCAAUAGGAGUAGUUAGAACUAUUAGAUCUCGAUUAAGCAAGUUUAUUGGGAUUGGAUUAUUUUGGGAAUUUUAAGUAAAGAUGAGUGAAAGCUUCAUGUUAAGGAUCAAGAGGGUUCCUACUGUUGUGUCGAAUUUCCAGAAGGAGGAGGCGGAAGAGGGGGCUAGCCGGAAUGGGGGCUGUGGCCGCAAUUGCCUUCAGAGGUGUUGCAUUCAAGGGGCAAAGCUCCCUUUAUACGCUUUCAAGAAGCUGAACGAGAAGGAGGUGCUGGUACAUGAGAACAACGAGCCUCCCGUUGCAUUCCUUGACUCUCUUCUUCUUGGGGAGUGGGAGGACCGUAUGCAGAGAGGGCUUUUUCGCUAUGAUGUCACUGCCUGUGAAACCAAGGUGAUUCCUGGCCAGUAUGGUUUCAUAGCCCAGUUGAAUGAGGGCCGCCACUUGAAAAAGAGGCCAACUGAAUUCCGUGUUGACAAGGUUCUCCAGCCCUUUGAUGGGAACAAAUUCAACUUCACUAAAGUUGGCCAAGAAGAGGUGCUCUUCCAAUUUGAAUCAAGUGAAGAUGGGGAUGUUCACUUCUUCCCAAGUGCCUCCAUUGAUGUUGAUAACUCUACAAGCGUGGUUGCCAUUAAUGUUAGCCCUAUUGAGUAUGGGCACGUGCUGUUGAUCCCACGUAUUCUGGAGUGCUUGCCACAGAGGAUUGAUCGUGAGAGCUUCCUGCUUGCUCUUUACAUGGCAGCUGAAGCUGCAAAUCCAUACUUCCGUUUGGGUUACAACAGCUUGGGUGCAUUUGCUACCAUCAACCACCUUCAUUUCCAGGCUUAUUAUUUGGCUGUGCAAUUUCCCAUUGAGAAGGCACCCACUAAGAAGAUAAACACUUUGGACAAUAGAGUGAAAAUAUCUGAGCUAGUGAAUUACCCUGUCAGAGGUCUUCUAUUUGAGGGGGGCAAUACGCUGCAAGAUUUAUCCAACACAGUCUCGGAUGCUUGCGUUUGCCUUCAAGAUAACAACAUUCCUUACAACGUGCUCAUAUCUGAUUGUGGAAAGCGCAUCUUUCUUUUGCCACAGUGUUAUGCUGAGAAACAAGCUCUUGGGGAAGUGAGCCCUGAACUUCUUGAUACCCAAGUGAACCCAGCUGUGUGGGAAAUCAGUGGCCAUAUGGUGUUAAAGAGGAAGAAGGACUACGAGGAAGCAUCUGAGGAGAAUGCUUGGAAGCUGCUUGCUGAGGUUUCUCUCUCUGAAGCAAGUUUUGAGGAAGUGAAUGCUCUCAUCUUUGAAGUAAUUUCCUGCAGCGAUAAUGGCAGUGAGAAUGAAGCUCAGGACAUGCUUGAGGAUGCAAAUGUCAACAACUCUCUUGAAGAAGUGGAUGCUAUUAACAAGGGCUCUCACUGUGCUAUGGUGAGUGGAACUCAAGAAUGCCUAGUUCAGCAGUAAAGGUUGGCUUUGAUGAGCAGACCAGCAAUGUUUCUGUUUCUUAAAAUAUGUCAGGUGUGGCAUGUGACGUGGUUACUAUUAUUAAUACUUAAAAUAAGCAGACUAGGUUUGCCUUCUUAUGGUACCCAUUCAUGUUCGUGUGUUCAGCACUAUUUUUCUGCUGUGUCUUCAGCAAUGCUCUGUUUGGACGUACUAUGUUGGGUUGUAUAAUAUGCUAUGGAAUGUUUUCUGUUGUGAAACAGUUUAUGUAAAUAAUGCCUGUUUCAACA